AUGUCGGGGUAUUUUCAGAGAGAGAGAUUACCAUGAGCUAAUCAUGAGCUGUUAUUAAAGAGCGCCAACAGUCUGAUGGGCUUUUCACUGGAGUAAAUCCAAUUGAUUGCUUUAAAACAGACCCACCCAUUUCUGUGUAUAUAGGCUGUUAACAGCAGCUUAUAUACACAGUUGGGUUGGCGCAGCAAGUCCAUCUCUCUGGCAGUGACAGGCAUAUUUUUGUCUUAAGGAGGAUAUCACUUGCUUGGCUUGCAGAGGUGCAACAAGUUGAGUUAAAAAGCCCAUCUGUAGGUCCGACUGGGGUAAACAUGGGAAACGACAACUCCAAGAACAAAGAGCUGAACAAGAAUACGAAAAGUUGCAAGAAGCAUGGAAAUGGCCUCUCUGCAAACGUCACAUCUAAUGGAUUGGAGGUUACUGGUAACGGUGACACCAUAGUCCAGCAAAAUGGCGAGCCCCUCUCUUUAAACCAUGCCCUAGAAUCGACUGAGUACAUGAUCGUCGAAUCAGACUGCAAACCUGCUGACGCUCCAGUUAUUUCUGAAAGCCAUGAACCCAUCAACCCGAAGGAAGAGGUCACGGAGAGUAAUGAAGAUCAAACAGACGUAAGUCUUCCUGCCACUGAUCCAAAGCCAGAGACAGCUAACCUAAAGCAAGAAACCAAAUCAUUAACGUCGCCAGAGAGUGUGACUCUAGACCCGGGUCCAGAGGAAGAAAAAGCUCCUGAAACUGACAACGGUAACGGUGAACCUGUGGAAAACCAAGAGGACGGUAACCCAGAAGAGAAUCCAGUUAUGAACUUCUUCAAAACACUAGUGACUACCAAAGUAACCAAAAAGGAAACAGCUACUCCUGAUGCCACAAAAGUCCAGUCCCAGAAGGAGAACCAACCAGCGGCAACCACUACUGUUGCACAAGUAUCUGAGCCGCCUGCAGCACCCAAAGGAAUGUCUAUCCCGCCACCGCCUCCUCCAGAGCCACCGAAAAUGGAAAUCAAGGGAGAACCAGCUGCCAAACCUGUCAAACCCACGCCAAAAGAAGAACCAAAAGCUGCCGCAAAGGAACCCGAGUCCUCAAAAGGAAAAUCAGCCAAAGAUACUCUGAGCAAGUUCUUCCGUUCAAAGCAGACAAUCAAGGAUGCAGCACCAGAGCCAGCAGUAGAAGUAGAGGUACAACCAGUUGUAGAAGUACAGGAGACACCAGUGGAAGAGCCAGAGCCAGUUGUUGUAGAAGUCAAGAGUGAAACUAAUGUUGAACCCCCUGAGACAGCAGAGGAGGUGGCACAGCCAGUUGUAGAGGAGCAGAUGGUGGAAGAGGUACCACAGCCAGUGGUAGAAGAUGAGAAGGUGGAUCCCUCAAAAGCCAGCACUCUGGAGGCCGCUGCGAAGCCAGAACCGCCACCGCCUGUUCAGGAAGAAAAGAAAACAGCCUCAAAAUCAGCCUUCUUUUCUCUCUUCAAGCCUAAAGUACUGUUAGACCACAUGACCACAAAAGUCCAGGCAGCCUCCACAAGUGGAGUUCGGCUCCUCAGGAGAACAACCGGACUGGCUGCCGAUCCCAAGAAGGCGACCCCUGCCCCGGCUGCAGCAGCAGCAGAGACAGUUAAAGCCAAGGAGGAACCCAAAGCAGCAGCCAAGUCAUCAGAGGCGGUUGUAGAUAACAAACCAGCUUCAGUGGCCUCCCAAGCUGGAGACGAUGCAGCCAAUAUGCCCAAGAAACUGGAGAAGAGGAACUCCAUCCAGCUGUUCUUUAAAAUUCUGGGUCAGAAACGUAACUCGACAGAUGCCGGGGUCCAGACAGAGCCAGCCGUUGCUGCUCCAGCAGCUGAGAAGGCCAAAUGAAACCAAAACAAACAGUGAAGUUUCCCUGUACAGACUCCUUUUCUGUUUCUUGCUCUUACUCAAUCUUUAUGUAUCUCUCUGUCUCAUUUCCCCUUUCAACCCUUAUUGAAGUACUUUAACUACAUUUUUUUGUUUCUGUUUAGAAGUUACAAUAUAAGGAAAAGUGACUGGAAGGGUAAAAGCAAGUUGAGAGAAAGACGGACAGUGGGCAGGUAGUUGAACAAGUGGUGAUUUGAAACAGUCAAAGGUGAGGUUGUUGAGAUAUACAUAUAUUUUUGGGGUAAUAUACAUGUCUUGACAAGUAUAGCAAUAUGAGUGUGAAACCUUUUCUACAGACAUUUAAUGUGACUUCUCUCUGUUCUUGUGACCUAACACACACUGGGCUUAUAUGCAAUAGAUGGUUCCAUGCUUUGCUUUUAGCAACUAGUUUGUCGAAAACAUUUAAAAACACAUGUUCUGUUUUUCAAUUCAUUCAAGAAAAAUCACACAGUUGUGGCAAUGCAGAGGUUAAUAUGAAAUUACAUUGAAAAAAGUCCUUAAAUCUAUAUGACAUUAAAAUUCCCAGCUCUUAAUAGAGCUGAUAAGCGGAGCAUAUUCAUAUAACACACUGCACUUACAGAUUUUUUAACUUUGCUAUAUAUAGACUGAAGCACAUGCGUACAUAGACUAACUGUCAUGUAUUUGGCCAUAUGGGAAAAUCACAAUCUUUACUGUUCUGUGGGGAACUGAUUGUAAGUUUAACAAAUGCAUCUGAGGUGUUAAAAUGGUGUCGUUGUGCAAAUGUGUCCUUGUGGUACGUUUUGCAGUAGUCAUAAAUCACAGACGAUUAGCUUUUAAUUUGAUUGCAGCACUUUCUGUCAUGUGAUUUAAUGGAAGUCUUAUGGUGUCAGUCAUUUGUGUUUGGCAUAACGUGCAAUUAAUAUCAUGCUUUUGUUUGCCUAUAUGUAUGUAUGUAUGUAACUUCAGCUAUCUUGAAGACAAUAAAUACUGUAUGUUCAC